AUGUGGCAAGCAGAUUACUCAAGUUGCCAACAACUUUGUCAAGAUGUUGCUGAAUCUAUAAAUGACAGGAAUAAGGAAAUAAGGCUUGGAGGAAGUGUUUCAAAGGUUAACUGUUUGAUCAAGAAAGAUUUAUUGAACUUAAAAUCAAUGACAGAGAAGUUAAGACUGGAUUUAAUUCGAUCUGCUAAAUCCCAUACUACGACACACGGGGAGGUAGAGAGACGACAAAACCUUCUCGAUACUUUGAGCACAAAAGUUCGAAUCCUGGAUAAAGCUGCUGAACGAUCAUUAUCCACUAGUUCUGCUGCUGAGAGCCCCUUAAGAGCAAACAAGUUCCAUUUAUUAAUGCAUUCCUCUUUAUCAACAGACCAAGAUGCUGGAUUGGACGUUUUAUCAGAAACGCUGAGUCGGCAAAAAAACAUUGGUAUCAACAUAGGAAAGGAAGCUGACUAUCAGAAUGAGUUAAUUGAUGACAUCCAUGGUAGAAUCGAAGAAACUGAUUCCAGGAUUAAACAACAAACAACGAGCGUUUUAAAAAUAUCAAGAAAGUCAUCUUCUUGCAUUUUAUGGAUGAUAAUAAUUCUCCUUGCCAUUGCUAUUAUUGCAUUGAUUGCUGUUGGACCACAGAAGCAUUAG